CUCGAGGCUGUGCGCGCGGGCGUGCAGCAUAGCCAGUUUCUGCUCGAGAACAGAAGACAGGGUUUCAGUAAGCCUCAUAGACACAUUAAUUACACAGAUAUUUUACACUGCUGUUUAUUUCUACGAGGUUAUGGGUGAGGCAUAGUUUUUGAGCGAGUGAGCUUGUUUUAUUAACGGAAAUAAUGAUGAAGAAGGAUAUUAACUUGAGCCUGGUGGUCGAGGCAGACCUCAAACCCCAUCUCCGUGACGCCGAGAGCAUCCUCAGCUCCCCGGACCUGGGGCUGCUCAAGCUGGCCUCCCCGGAGCUGGAGAGGCUCAUCAUCCAGUCCAACGGGAUGGUCACCACCAUACCGACCAGCUCCCAUUUCCUCUACCCGAAGACGGUGACGGAAGAGCAGGAGUUUGCAGAGGGCUUCGUGAAGGCGCUGGAGGAUUUACACAAGCAGAACCAGCUGAACGGAGCCGGGCAGACCAACCUGGACCUGGGUGCUAACAUCACCCCUGUCACCAUCCAGCCGGAUCUACCGGUGUACACCAACUUGAACAGUUACGGUAGUGGCCCACUGGAAACAACUGUCAACUACACCACGGACACGGUCCCCUUUCCGCCCCCUCCGGUGCACCAUUUGGGGGCAGCCCCGCAGGAGCUGUCUCGGAUCCAGCUGCUGAAGGAGGAGCCUCAGACGGUCCCGGACGUUCAGAGCUUCGGGGAGAGCCCGCCGCUGUCUCCCAUCGACAUUGACUCACAGGACGUCGUGAAAGCCGAGAGGAAGAGGCUCAGGAACCGGAUUGCAGCCUCCAAGUGUCGGAUGCGCAAACUGGAGCGGAUCUCCAGGCUGGAGGACAAGGUCAAAUCGCUGAAAAACCAUAACGUCGACCUGGCCUCAACAGCCAGCCUGCUGAGGGACCAGGUGGCCCAGUUGAAACAGAAAGUCCUCACCCAUGUCUCCAGCGGCUGCCAGCUGCUGCCACACGAGGUGCAGGUGCACUAGAGACAGACAUGGUGUGGGGCUACUGACCAGCAUAUAAGCUUCAUGGACUUUGUUAAUAUUGCCUUUUUCUGUAAACGUAGCGUAGCCCAGAUGUGUGUCCGCAGUGGACUGAAUGCCAGACUACCUUUGCCUAAAUAUAGGCUACUGUAAGUAGGCUUAUCGGGUGUUUUAAUGCUUUUGAGCAUCGACGAACAUGUACAAAAUACUCGGUAGAACACAAUUCAACAUAAAGGGCGAUUUUCGCUAUGGCCAAAAGAUUAAGUAGGCCUAGAUACAUUUUUUUCAUGAACACAUUCCCAGGAUUCUCAUUGCUCCACAGUCUCCUCCAUGGAGAGGACGAAUCAGCUAAUCGUUCGAUUUGGAAAUACAUGAUCGCUAAUUGGUUUAUUGGAUUUAAGCCGAAAUUAAGAGCGUUUACAUUUUUAUAUGUUCGGUGUAUAAAAUGGUGUUCUACCUCCUAUGUAAACUGGUGUACAAGGCAGCAUUAAACUGCCUUGUUUUCCAAUGAAAUUAGGCCCUGGGCUUUUCUGAUGAGAGAAAGAGGCUUUUAUUGGGGCUAUUCAACUUUAAAGACAGAAUAUAAUUUAUUUUCCUGUGUUUUUUUUUACAGAAUUGUUGUGUCUAUAUACAGUCUUAAACAUGGACCAAAAAUAUUUACAAUAUGUAUACAGUGAUAUUAAUAUAAUAUGUAUGACACAAUUAUCAUUAAUAUAUGGGGAAGAGCAUGUAAGAAAAAUGCACAAUAGUGUGUAAAAGAUAAUCUACAUACAGAACUACCAUUUAUUUGAUUUGGGAACAAUUUGCAUGAUGUUUACAUACUCAAAUGUUUCCCACAGCUGGUGUCAAAUGGUUUGAUUAAACACUGUUUAUAAUUCUUACUCUUUAUAAAAACACAUAUUGAUCCUUUUUCUUACUCUACUGUGUCCCUAUUUAAUUGUGUUGUUGUUUUAAAUGUGAUGACUGAAGAGUCAUAACCUUUUGUUGCACUGACUUGCUGUAGCCUGCAGCUGUUUGGCUGUAUGCCACCUGUGUUUCGAAAUAAAUGCUGCUCAACAAUAAA